GUGUACAUAAUUUCUGGCUGUGUCUUCAGUAACGCAGUAGGGUUCGUUUUUCUGCUGAAGUUCGGAGCUUUCCGAGGAUCCAAUGAGCUUAGCUCUUCUCCAAGGCUAUUCUUCGGCCGAAGAAGAAGAAGAAAAAGAAGCCGUCGGUAAUGGGACCUACUACCAAAAUUCCUCGGACGACGACGGCGACGACGGCGACAGUGACGGCGGUAAAGCGUCCGUUGCUGCUCACCCUUCACUUCGCGACAGAUCUAUGUUCGACCUUCCAAAACCUUCCGCCGCUGCUGGGCUUCCUUCUGCAUUCGACGCCUUCUCCGAAGUUUCUGGGCCGCCUCAAUUUCUGAACAAUAGCGUGGAGGAAUAUAACCCAGCUAAAGAAGCUGAUCAACAGCAAGGGAGGCAUGGUGGCCGGAGGCAUCGCAAGGAGAAGAAGGACUUACCUGCAGGUGCUGUGGUUGAGUCUAAACCUCAACUUGUUGGAAUCCAUGAGCGGGUAAGAACUGACAUCAAUGGUAGCGAACCACCAAUGCCAGCUGCUUCGGAUGCAUCAUCAGGAGUCAAGAGGGUAGCAACUGUGACCAAUCCUAAUGCAGAAGAUGCUGCAGACCUUUUGAGAAUGUGCUUGCAGUGUGGAAUUCCCAAGACAUUUUCCAGUGCACGAGGAAUGGUCUGCCCUGUGUGUGGCGAUCGCCCUCCACAGGAUUCAAGCGCAGAGUCUAAGAAGAAGGGAUCAGCUAUCAAAGAUAAGGAAAAAUCCAAAAGGAUGAAGGGCCAGUCGUCUCAUGCAACUUGGAAAAGUGAAACAGAGAUGCAGUUGCGACAACAAUUUGAUUAGCAGUAUCCGAGAUUAUCAAGAUCCCUACUUGAUGUACCAUGCCUCUGACCACUUUUUUACAAUUGAAAUACCAUUUGUGGUUAAAGAAUGUUGAAGAAGGAAUCAAAUGAAUGUAGCCUCUAGGGUCGUGUAGUUUACAAUAUGCUUAUGUACCACUUGUCAAAGUUGAUGUACCUUUUCUUGACCGUAGAAUUGCAUUACAUAUAUUUAUUACACCAUAUAUUGGUUGCUGGCUUCACGAUGGUUUAA